AUGAAGUUCGCCUUUGCCAUUGUGACGGUCGUCUGGGCCGCUGCUCAACGCACCGUUGCCGUUGGCCCGUGGCCAGUCGGCUUCAAGCCCCCCGGAUUGAUCAAAGGCACCUUCAGCCCCGGUGUCUCCGACAAGGUGGCUGCUGCCAGCCAUGGCAGGUCCAAGGGCUAUUGCGGUCCCGAUCCUGGGACACCGAACGGAGGUGGAGGAGGCGGUGGGCACGGAGGCAGCACGCCCCCUGCUCCCACCUUUGGCUGGGGCACCUUCAACCAGCCCAUUGAUCACAACAGUCCGCAUCUUGGGACCUUCUCGCAGCGCUUCUGGUAUAGCACCGAGUUCUGGAAGGGGCCCGGCUCGCCCAUCGUCUUGACCUGUCCCGGGGAGCAGUCUGGCACGGACUGGAACGCCACGUACCUUUCCAACCAGCGCAUCACGGGCUACUUUGGCGAGGCCGUCGGCGGCGCUGUGGUGAUUCUGGAGCACCGCUACUGGGGCGAGAGCUCCCCCUACGAGCAGCUGACCGUCAAGAAUCUCAAGUACCUCACCGUCGACCAGGCCCUGCGCGACUUUACCUACUUUGCCAACAACUGGGUGCCGCCGUUUGACACGUCCGGCAAGAGCAAGCCCACCAAGGCGCCGUGGGUGCUGGCGGGCGGCUCGUACGCGGGCGCCCUGGCUGGGUGGGAGGCCAACCUGGCAGCCGGCCAGCCCGAGGCCAAGGACCAUACGAGCCCGUUCUGGGCGUACUAUGCGACGAGCGGCGUGGUCGAGGCGAUUGGCGACUUUUGGCAGUACUUUGAGGUGGUGCGGCAAGCGACGCCGCAGAACUGCAGCAUCGACCUCACGAAUGUGGCCUCCUACAUUGACAAUGUUCUGCAGCACGGCACGAACGCCCAGAAGCUGGCACUAAAGACUUCCUUCAAACUGCAGGAUUUGACUGAUGGUGAUUUUGCAAGAACCAUAUCCAUUGGACCUCUUCUGCUUCAGAGCACGCAAUUCUUCAGCACGCCCCUUUACGGCUCCAGCCCGUACUACCAGUUCUGUGAUUAUAUUGAGAACGUCUGGGACGGCUCUGGCAACCCCGUGCCAGGAAAAAGCGGAGUCGGCGUCACCAAGGCACUGGCUGGCUAUGCCAAGUGGACAAUCGACUACCUUCUUCCCGACUUCUGUGAUGUGUAUGGCUACGACGAUUUCCAGGGCACGUACAACACCGAGUGCCUGCGCUUCACCAACGCUUCCAGCUCAAUGUACCUCGACAUCACGCCUGGCAACUUUGUCGGCCGCCAGUACUGGUGGCUCCUGUGCAACAACCCCCUGGCCUGGUUCCAGACCGCCGCACCCGUCGGCCAGCCCACCAUCGUCUCCCGGCAGCUCGACUACAACUACUUUUUGGAGAUUUGCAAUGCGCAGUUUCCUGCCAUGGCGGGCGGCUUCGGGCUCGAGCACGGCACCACCAUUGCGGGCUUCAACGGCUACACGGGUGGGUGGUCGGUGCCGCCCAGCCGCACGCCGCGCAUCAUCUACACCAACGGCGAAGUGGACCCGUGGCGGGCGGCGUCGGUGAGCUCGAGCCAGCGCCCUGGCGGACCGCUGGCCAGCAGUGCCAAUGUGCCGGUGACCGUGGUGCAGGGCGGCAGCCACUGCUCGGAUGCGUACGCCGAAAACUGGGCCGUCAACCCGGGCGUCAAGGCAAUUGUGGACGCCGAGGCGGCCACGAUGCUCCGGUGGACCAACGAGUUCUACAGCAUCAAGCACAUUACGAAGCCUACGUAG